AAGAAUUUUUAUAAAAUUUGACAACAGAAAGUAAGCUAGAAUUUAAAAAGUGUUUUUUUUUCGUGUUAACUGAUGUCCACAAUUUGAGAAUUUUUCUAAUAUUAUAUUCAGAAGUGUAGUAAGCCCGGAACGCGUUUACAUACACAAGUAAAUGAGGAUAAAAUAAAGACUUUAUAAUAAUAAUGGGUGAUUUUGGAUGGAAAAGAGUUCUUGCGAUUCAUCUAGAUGAAAAAUAAUGGGUGUACCAGAUAACUUUUGUACUGAAUAACGCUGUAAUGAGUUACUAAUAGCUACCGAGAUUAAAAUAAUAUUAUUUUUUAUUAAGGUGGGUAUAAAGGAAUUUUGACGAGAAGUUAAGGUACAGUCAUGGUUCACACUUCACAGUAGACGAUAGACGACGGUGGCUGUGGUUGCACACAAAAUGCAGUUGUUUUGAUCAGGUGUAGAACGAACGGGUGCAGCGUUGUCGAUCUGUCGUUGAGAGAUUUCACUAUGUAGUUGUUCGACUGCUUCCGUGACAACGAGUUUAGAAUGGUCCGCCGAUAAUGUUAAUUACACGAAUGUAAAUAACACUGCGACGUUUUGCCGUCGACCGAGUGUAUCUUAUUAAAAAAUAAAACAACUCCGGUUUCUCAACGACCAGAUAGUAAAUAUAUGUGAGUUGACCAAAAAAAAAAAAAUGUUUGGAUUUGCGGUGACUGACAAGCGUUUUGGAAACUUGGCACCGACCAACAGAAUUGGAUUUCGCAACGACUUACUUGCAAAGAUGCUAUUGCGUUGACCAAGAAUGACUUGGGUUUUGCGGUUUGCUGGAGCAAUGGAAGCUUCUGGCGAUCCUGCACUAACGGUAAACGAUGAUCAGUCGCUUAGUCGUUAGGGAUAGUGUUGAAACGUCAGGAUAGGUGCUUCGAACGAUGGUGGUGUUCACCUCGGUUUGCGAAGAACGAAGGUUGAAGAUUGAAGUCAGUACUUUUGACACCAAAUAUUUGUGCAGGAAGCCCGGAAGGCGUUUACAUACGAUAAAUUUCAUAAUUCUCACCGCUCUGCGCUCAUGUCACAUGAUUAUAUUCCAAUUUGUAUCGUAACUUGUAUUUUGUUUAUAUGAAAAAAUUAAAAUAAAAACAUAAAUUAAUUGACACUUUAUGGCAAAUUAUUUUUAAUUUCAGUUUAUUAUUUUUAUAAUUUCGUAAAAUGAACUUGAAUCCUUUAUCGGACUGCGAAAAAGGUUUUAUUUUAGAAGCUGCUUCACAAAAAAUUCGUCUUGAUGGCCGUAAAAGAGAUGAAUACCGAUCAAUCAGUAUAGAAUUUGGUCUUGAUUGGGGAAAUUGCUUAGUAACACUUGGUGCUACACGUGUAUUUGCACAAGUGAGUUGUGAAAUAUAUCAACCUAACAACAGUCGUCCAAAUGAGGGUAUACUUCAAAUAUCUGCAGAACUCGCUGGUGAUAACAAACAAGCUGACUUAACGAAAAUUAACCAAGUUCUGGAAAGGUUUUAUAAAGAUUCAAAAUGUAUAGACCUCGAAGCCUUAUGCAUAAUUGCUGAAGAAAAAGUAUGGAAAAUCAAAGUGGAUUUAAGUGUUUUAAAUAUGGAUGGCAACACUUUAGGAUGUUGUUCAAUUGCGACUCUUGCAGCACUUAUGCAUUUUCGUCAUCCAGAUGUUGUUUCAACUGGAGAAAAAGUUAUUGUGUAUUCCAGUUCUGAGCGAGAUCCUAUACCAUUAUCACUUCAUCAUUAUCCAAUCAUAACAAAUUUUGCUAUUUUCGAAAACAACGAUUUUAUUAUUUUAGAUCCAUCAUUUUUAGAAGGAAAAUGUUGUGAUAGCAAGUUAUCUAUAUGUUUUAACAACCAUAGAGAGUUGUGUGGUAUAGAUAUUGAAGGUUGUGCUUGUCUAAGUCAGGAACUACUUAUGAACUGCUCAAAUCAAGCAGCAACAGUUGCUUCUAUUCUUGUUGAUAAAAUUAAGUCUGCAAUUAAAGAAGACAUUGAAAAACGGUCCAAUAAAUCAUUGCAAGGUUUAGAACCAAAAAUUAAUGAAGAUUGUUUGAAAUUAUCUUUACCGGAUAUACUAAAUAAUAUUGUACCAGAAAAAACUGAAGAAAGUGAUGAAACAAUGGAAGUUGAACAAAAAAUUGUCAAAAUAGCACCUGGUACUUCAGUUGCUGCUUGUCAAAAUAGUAUGAAUCAAGUUAGAAUUUCUCAAUCCUCAACUCAACACGAAUUAGUGAUUAUCGAUACUGAAAGUAGCAAUUCUUCUGAAAGCGAUGAAAGUGAUGUUGAAGUUGUUAAACAAUAUAAAUUAGAAGAUAGUAGACCUAUUAUUGCUAAAUAUGUUCUCUCAGAUGAUGAUGAAACCAGUGACACUAUAGUAUUAGAUUAAACCAAUUAUUGCAAUGUUAAAUUUGGUCUUAUAAAUAAUAAAAAUUUAAUUGUAUAUUCAUUAUAGCAACUAAAUAAUUAUAUUUUAAAUGUUUUAUUAGGUCAGUGUUAAAUCUUGUAUAUAUAGUAAAGAUUUGUAAUUUGUAUAUUUAUAUUUGUACAACGGAAAUGAUCUAAUAGUAGAGUCCAAGUAACUGAAUUUCAAAAAAGAUGUACAUAUUUUAGAUAACUAAACUCGUGUAUGGAAUAAUGAAAUCAAUAAUAAUUAUCAUUUAAGCAGUUUAAUGUGCAAAAUAAUAUUAGUUUUAAAUGUUUUAAAAAUUAACUUGCAAGAAUUGCAUAUAAGAGCAAUUUAUUACUAAAAACCCAA